AUGUCACGGCGCAAGUUGAUCGUCGAGCUGCCCAACUUUCCCUCCUGCCUCGCUCUCACGACAAUCGACCUCAACGGUGCGCCGACGACCAACGACGAACGAACGCCGCGGUGCGCAUCUACCCGUUCGCAUCCCUCCGACCGCCUCUACAUACUCCCGAACCCACGAACCUCGCACAUAAUCGGACACGGAUCGAAGCCCAAGAUGAGCUUCACAACCCUUCGGCCUCGGCCCUCCCUCCUCACCUCCCUCCAAAACCUCACCAUCACGCCCGCCACCGCCGCAACCCGCGCCUUCUCAACCUCCACCCCCCUCGCCACAAAAACAAUCUCCCUCCAAAAGAUCCCGACCUCCGCCGUACCCCCCUACCCCCACGGCCCCCGCCUCCUCUACAAACAAUCAAACCACGGCCUCUACGGCACCUCCCGCAUCCGCCACGGCCACAACGUCUCCCCGAAACACCACCAAGUCACCCCCCGCACCUGGCGCCCCAACGUCCACCGCAAGCGCCUCUGGUCCGAGUCCCUGGGCGCCUGGGUCCGCACCCGCCUCACCACCCGCGUCCUGCGCACGAUCCGCAAGGAGGGCGGCAUCGACGCCUACGUGACAAAGACCAAGGCCGCGCGCGUCAAGGAGCUGGGACCGGGGGGAUGGAAGCUGAGGUGGCUUGUUAUGCAGACGGCUACCUUCCGGGAGAGGUACGUCGCCGAGAGGGAGAAGCUCGGCGUCGAGGGGGAGAUGAGGGAGGAUCAGACGGAUUUGGUCACCGUCAUGGUCGAUGCUGCUACGCCGGGGCCCCUGAGCGCUGUCAGCAGGGGGAUUCUCGAGAAGAGAGCUGCGCAGAUGAUUUUGGAGGAGUUUACGCUGGGCGAGGAGGCCGAGUUUGGGGCUGAGGAUGGCGAGGGGUACGAGGACGUUCAUGUGCCUGGUAUCGGAGAGCCUGUCACUGAGCAGAGGAUAUGA